CUCGUAGACAGUGUCUACGACUUAGCUGCUUGUGUGCAAAUCAAAGUGUACUUUGGUACAUACUGAAAGUGCAAAUAUAUUGAUCUAUUUACAAAAUAUGACGAGAUUGGUAAACUAGUAAUUUAAAGGGACAUAAAUAUUGAAUAAGAAAAACGGUUACAAAUAUGGAAGAAAGCAAUAGCUCGUCGAGUAACCUUGCGAGUCCUAUGAAACGGCUUACGCCGUCUGUUCCCAUACCUAGAUGGAACGACGAAGGCAUACAGCAAAUGGACAUCGACAAUCAAGAUCCCAGGUCAAACAAUGCAGAAAGCUCAUCAAUAAAUCAACAAUAUGAAAACGAUACAAUACAAAAUAGAGUGCCUGUUAUCAACACUGUGAAUUUAGUAUCUCAGUCUAGUGCUCCUAUCAGUGUGAUACGGACACCUGUACAGAGACCAGAAAGUGCUCGUAGUGACUACAGCGCGUCUACGCAGCCCAGAGUACUUAGUGACGUAGUGUUAACUCCAACUCAUAGUUCGUUUACACCUCAGCAUGCAAAUCCUCAUAGUUCUUUGGCUGCCAUUACACCAAUGGUCAGCGGCACAGCACAAGCCAAAAACAGCAUUAAAAUACAAAAUUGUGUAUCUACGGUCAGUUUAGGGUGCGAACUGAAAUUGCUGGAUAUUUACUGCAAAACUAGGUUUUCAGAAUACAAUCCUGCAAGGUUUCAAGGAGUGGUUAUGAAAAUACUUGAACCACGGGCAACUGCUCUAGUUUUUCGGUCUGGAAAAAUUGUAUGCACAGGAACUAGAAAUGAACAUGACUCUUACAUUGCUGCUAGAAAAUUUGCAAGAAUCAUUCAGAAACUCGGGUUCUCUGCAAAAUUUUUAGAUUUUAAAAUUCAAAACUUCAUAGCAACAGCAGACUUAAGAUUCCCAGUGAGGCUAGAGGCUUUGCAACAAGCUCAUGGCCAAUUCACGUCUUAUGAACCAGAACUGUUCCCUGGACUAGUAUACAGGAUGGUUAGACCAAGAGUUGUGUUACUGAUUUUUGUUAAUGGAAAAAUAGUAUUCACAGAAAAUGAAUUUAUUUGCAGGAGGAAAAACAAGGAAUGAAAUCAAUGAGGCAUUAGACAUUAUUUAUCCAAUUCUCAGAAGUUACAGGAAGAGCUAAUCGAAUAGACCAAGAAUUAUAAUGUUAGUUAAUUAUUGCAAGUAUAAUUAUUUAAAUAUUUACUGUAAUAAUAGGUAAUGCGAUUAUAUUAUAUAAUUAUUUGAAUUGUGGUAAAUUACUUCAAUGAUUUGUUUUGAGUACAUUAUAUUAUACUCAAUUUAAGUUUGUGAAACAAAUCUAGACAUAAGUAAAACAAGGACA